AGCUUUACUUGAUCUUCAACAAAGGAGUUCAUCUUCCUGCACAAGUCGGGUUUCUCCAAUCGAAAUCGAUCACCGCCCCUUGAUCUUGAAUCUUGACCAUCUGUUAGGUGGACCCUGGCAUCGGUCCCUGCAGUUCUGCUGAUAGCCAGGUCGUUCAUUGUCAGACCCUUCUUUUCUGCUCAAAACAUCUUUCUCUGGUGGACUUCUCUGUUGCCUUUUCUUGUUGGAAGAGGAUCAGUUCGCACUUGAAUCAUGCAGAUGAUGCCUGUCGCUUCUGAAAACAUUCAAAAUCUGAUCAAAGACGUGAAGCCAUCAGAAUCAAUGCAUUCUCGUCAAAACACUCCCCUCUCAAUCGUCUCUGUUGAUUACACAGUACGUGAGUGUUGGGCUAGUGGGUAUUACGUGGAUGUUACUGUGGUUGUGGACUGCAAUACUGGUUCGCGCAGGAAUAGGUUUGGCGUCAACGGUUGGACCAUGUCUUUUGAGCUUCGUGAAGCCAAAAUCGUAAAGAUGUGGAAUGCUGUGAUGAAUGUUGAUGGAGGUUCGGUGACUGCCGUUCAUAAGAACUUUUGUGCGCCUGUUCACAGGGGCCUUGCGGUUCUUUACCUUGGAUUCGAGGCCAAACCAAACAAUUAUCGAACAACACCUGUCUUCCCGGACACUAUCACGGUCAACGGGCAGGUUUGCGCAGUAAAUGGAAGCUUUGCGCGUGAGAUUGCAGAUUGUUCGAAGGAUUACUUGAUUGCAGACUCGCCUUCUCCGUCCCCUCGUGCCUCACCAUGUCCUUCCCGAGAGGCAUCUCCAACUCGCGUGAGGCCUGAGGCAAGAAGAUGCGGCUCUGCACCAUCAGUCCUUCAGCUCUUUCCUUUCGGCUACGCAGAUCGAUAUGAUUGCAGUGAGGACAAAGCGUCUCAUUCGUUUGAUUGUUCCGCAGAAAGCAGGGAAGCCUCUGAUAAAGAUCGCCCAUGUCAGACCUCUUGCAACCAAGAAGAUCGCGACGAGGAGCACAGCGUUGCAGACACGCUAUCUCCAUUCCAUGACGACGUUGCCUACCUCCACGACAUACAAGAUUCUCCGGAUCAAAGAGAUCAAAGGUUCGAGAGUUCCUUUACAUCCUCACCAGAAGAGUUGGACUGUACGCAGAAGAACAUCGUAGGCAAGCGAAAGCGAACGGCGGAAGAAUCACCUGAAGAACCACCUCAAGAAGCUUCUUCCACGAAGACGGUACCUAGAUACCCUCGUACACUUACGUUGGAAUACUAUCGAAGGUCGAAAGCGUUGAAGAAGCGCAAGUUCCUGCACAUGGACUACCUCGACUCUCACUUCGGCUCCCGAGAGGACGUGAUCAUGAAGACUGUCCUCGAUAAGGCUCCCAUUGUUCUUGAACCCAACAUGUUUCCUUAUGAUACCCCAAAUGGUGUUACUCAUUGGACUCUAUGGAGCAGAGCCUGGUUGACCGAACCCGAAAUCGAAGAUUUCGUCAACAAGUGGCUGGCAGAUAACCUGCCUGAAGCGAUUGAGUGGAACCACGACGACAACAUGGCGGACGGUUUAAGUAUCAAUCUCUUUCACUUGCACGUGUACAUACGCUGUCCUGCCAAGUGAUUUGUCGUUGUUUAUUGUUUCUCUGUUUUUUGUUGUACUAUGUAAAUAAAAAACCUAC